AUUAUAUGGGUAUACUGAAUUACUGAAUUCGGAAAUUCUUGUAUCGACUUUAAAGGUCGAUUUCAACUUCAUGGCGCAUUCUAAUUCCUUUUCCAACUGUUAACUCGGUAAUCCAAUUUACGAGCAUGAAAGGAACCCACCAAAUGAGUCCAGGAAGUGACUACUGUUUAUGACCUACUGAUUGACAUCCACUUUAUCGCGCGUUUUAUUAAUCGUUAGAGGGGUUUUAGUUUGUGCUUACGCUGUGUCCUCGUCGAUUUGAAACAAAUUCUAGUUACAGUCACAACGAGGCAGCAAAUGUUGAUAAAGAAGAGAAGCCAUUGGUGCUUGAUAGCUUCAGGUAUGGUGUCAUUAAUCCUGUUCAUGACGCUGCUGUACAGCGGCAGCAGCGGCGGCGGGCUGCGCCGGAGCAGCUCCAGCCUGAGACACGACUACCAGCUGAUGGGCAGACCGCUAUACAAACUGGACCUGGGCUGGCCCAAGAACCCGGAGAUCUUCACCGGAGAGGUGUUCUGUGUGGCUGUCAACCAGGAUGCGGCGGUGGUGUACGUAGCACAGAGAGGAGCUAAUGUCCCCAAGGUGCUGGUCUUCACCACAGAAGGAGAGUUUCUCAUGUCAUGGAACACAACCACUCUGGAGAUGCCUCAUGGGAUGUUUUUAGUAGAUGCAUCCUCCAAAGAUCCCACCAUUUGGAUCACUGAUGUUGGGGACGGUCCAUAUGGCCAUUCCAUCAAACAGUACUCCCCAUCAGGAAAGCUUUUGCAGGUGCUUGGGACUCCAGGUAAAGCAGGUUCUGGGUUGGACCCUCUGCAGUUUGACCAGCCAGCUGAGAUUUUUGUCCAUGAAUCGGGGGAAAUGUAUAUUGUGGACGGUGAUGGAGGCAUGAACAACCGCCUCAUCAAGCUCUCUAAAGACCAGAAAGUGUUGUGGAUGCAUGCAGAGAAAGGACAAGGCCUGGCUCAGUUCUACAUUCCUCACAGCGUGACAGUGGAUAGUGCCCAGAGAGUGUGGGUGGCCGACAGGGGCAACAAAAGGAUCCAGGUGUUUAACUCCAUCACAGGGGACUGGCUGGGCACAUGGGGCAGCUGCUUCACAGAGGACGCACCCUACUCUGUUCGCCUAACUCCAGACAAAAAAUAUUUUGUUGUUGUACAGCUAAACACCAAUCAGAUUACCCUGCUGGAUGCACCACCUGUCGGGUUAAUUGGUCAGUGCAAAGUGGCAAGCGUCAUCCAGCUGGCGGAAGAUGUGAAGCCCCACCUGGUUGACCUGGAUCUAAAGGCCGGAGCUUUGUAUGUGGCAGAGAUCGGAGCUCAACAGGCUCAGAAGUUCACUCCCUUUAGUCUGGGUGGAAGUUUGCUUUGAAUGCAUGCUGAAUUAAAACUGAAAUAUUGAAUUGGAAGAGCUCAGAUGUAACUAAGAUUCCAGUUUUAAAAUGUGCCAGGAUGUAAGUAAGAUUUCUAAUUAUGUUUUAGAAAGUAAAGAAAAAAAUCAAAUCCUCUCAAGGAUAAUAUUAGAUGUCCUAUAUAUCGUCUGGUAAAUCUUUCUCUUAAGAAAUCUCGUCGUGAACUGAAAGUUUACCAAUUGUUUGAAUGGCCUUUAUUGUUUCUGCUGUUUAGUGCGUUUAUGUGCCAUGUCCCAGCCAGGUUGCACUGCUUGAAUACAUCAAAAUCUGUUGACACUUGAAGCCGUUUGUGCUUCAUGCUGACUCAGUUUGUACUUUACAAGAUUUAACCUGACACAUUUAUUCUCAGUGACGUGACCCAUGUUUCAACUUUAUAAUGGGAAUUGUUUUGCACUUUUUUUCUAUGAGUCAGAGUUGAUUCUGAUGGAGUGCUUGUAAUUUACAUGUAAAAGUAAUCAUACUGUAAGUAAGCUUUUUAAGUGGUGAAAGUGAAAAGAAUUGUUGAUAUUUCUCUGUGGUUCAAGGCUGAAUCAACUGUCUGAAAGAAUAAGAUGGGUUUGGAAUUCAGGCUCUGGUUUAGUAUAGUUGUUCUGUUGAAAUUAGGGUAUAAAGACUUGAUCCUCUUUGUUUAAAUUAUUUUUUGUGUGGUUAUCAAGUUUUUUUUAUUCUUUUGUUUGUCAUUAAAAUCAGGGAUAUUAAUGAUGGA